AUGGCCAAGUCUUCCACAAAGUCUGCUAAAGCUGUCAAGGCCUCUAAGGUCACCAAGAAGGAAGUUUCUUCUUCCGACUCUUCUUCCAGCUCGUCCGAGUCCUCUUCCGACUCUUCGUCUGACUCUUCUUCUGACUCUGAGGACUCCUCGUCUUCCUCUUCUGAGUCCGAGGAUUCUUCUUCCUCCUCAUCUUCUGAGUCUGAGUCCGAGGACGAAGAAGAGAAGGUUGAAAAGGUCGAAAAGGUUGAAGAGAAGAAGGAAUCUUCUUCCUCGUCUUCCUCUUCUUCCUCUUCCUCUUCUUCUUCUUCUUCUUCUUCUUCUUCUGAAUCCGACUCCGACUCCGACUCUUCUUCGUCUUCAUCUUCGUCUUCUUCCGACUCCGACUCCGACUCCGACUCUGACUCUGAGUCCGAAGACGAAAAGGAGACCGAGAAGUCUUCCAAGAGAAAGGUCGAGUCUGAGGAAUCUUCCUCUACAGAAGACGAGCCAUCUUCCAAGAAGCAAAAGACCGAAGAAACCCCAGAAGCCUCUGAGGAGCCAGCUACAUUGUUCGUCGGUAGAUUGUCGUGGAACGUCGACGACGAGUGGUUGAAGAGAGAGUUUGAAGAAGCUGGCGGUGUCAUUUCCGCCAGAGUCAUGAUCGAAAGAUCCACCGGCAAAUCUAGAGGUUACGGUUACGUCGACUUCUCUAGCAAAGCCGCUGCUGAGAAGGCUUUGAACGAGCUCCAAGGUAAGGAGAUUGACGGUAGACCAGUCAACUUGGACAUGUCCACCGGCAAGCCAAAGACCCCAGCUUCUAACGACAGAGCCAAGAAGUUCGGCGAUGUUCCUUCUGCUCCUUCCGACACCUUGUUCAUCGGUAACUUGUCUUUCAACACCGAAAGAAACAAGUUGUUUGAGAUUUUCGGUGAAUACGGUACCGUUGUGUCUUGCAGACUUCCAACCCACCCAGACACCCAGCAACCAAAGGGUUUCGGUUACGUGCAAUUCUCCAGCGUUGAGGAGGCUCAAAACGCCUUGAACUCUUUGAACGGUGAGUACUUGGAUGGCCGUCCUUGCAGAUUGGACUUUUCUACUCCAAGAGACAACAACGCUAGACCAGCUGGCGGCCGUGGCGGAGCUCGCGGUGGCGCCCGUGGUGGUUUCGGCGGCCGUGGUGGCCGUGGCGGUUUCGGCGGUCGUGAGAGAUCUUCCACUCCUACGCCUAGAACUGGUCCUAACGCUGCUUCUUUCCAGGGCACCAAGAAGACUUUCGAUUAG